AUGAAUCUUGGUGUAAGGUAGGUUAUGUUGUUUUGUUUCAUGUAGAUGGGUUAACAGUCUGCAAGUGAGUGGCAGUCCUUUAUAAAGAUUUGAUCUUUACUAACAUUUUCUAGAAUCUCCUCACCAUUCCCCAAUCCCCAUCAAGAUUUAUACCAACAAUAUCACUCACAAUUCACAAUAGCCUCUAAUCCAAUCCCCCUUCCCUCUCCACACUUUCAUCAUCACAAAAAGAAACCCAUUAUCCUCUACCAACCCAAUUAGUCAUCUUGUGUUUGAUAACCUACAAUACCUACAAAUUUAUGCAUACUUUUUCAUGAUUAUCAUCAAUAUUUUUCACACACUUUAUUUCACUUUCUAAAAAGAGAGGAAAAGUUAGUGCCUUUUUAUUGAUUUUUUUGUUAUUUUCUAUAUUUUUGAAGAUUUUUUAACUUAAUUUUGCAUUUUUAGAGAUUGAAAAUUUGUGCGUUUUUGAAAUAAAGUAAAAAAAAAAGUUAUGUCUACUGUGAAGUUGGAGAAAUUGACUUCAAUUGAUGCUCAGUUGAGAUUGCUUGCUCCUAAGAAAGUUUCUGAGGAUGAUAAGCUUGUGGAGUAUGAUGCUUUAUUGCUUGAUCGUUUUCUUGAUAUUCUUGAGUCUUUACAUGGUGGAGAAAUCAGAGAAACGGUUCAAGAACUGUAUGAGCAUGCUGCUGAAUACGAAAGGACUCGUGAUACUAAAAAGUUGGAAGAGCUCGGAAACAUGAUAACUAGUUUGGACGCGGGAGAUUCCAUUGUAAUCGCGAAAUCAUUUUCGCACAUGCUUAAUCUGUCUAAUCUGGCUGAGGAAGUUCAGAUUGCUUAUCGAAGGAGAAUCAAAAAAAUUAAGAAAGGAGAUUUUGCUGAUGAGAGUUCUGCAUCAACUGAGUCUGAUAUCGAAGAAACUCUAAGAAGGCUUGUGGUGGAUUUGAAGAAAUCCCCUGAAGAAGUUUUUGCUACCUUGAAAAACCAGACAGUUGACUUGGUUCUAACUGCUCAUCCUACCCAAUCUGUUCGUAGAUCUUUGCUUCAGAAACAUGGGAGGAUUAGAGAAUGUUUGACCCAAUUGUAUGCAAAAGAUAUUACCCCAGAUGACAAGCAAGAGCUUGAUGAAGCUCUCCAAAGAGAGAUUCAAGCUGCAUUCCGUACAGAUGAAAUCAGGAGGACUCAACCAACUCCGCAGGAUGAGAUGAGGGCCGGAAUGAGCUACUUCCAUGAGACAAUUUGGAAAGGUGUUCCAAAAUUUCUAAGACGUGUUGACACCGCAUUGAAAAAUAUAGGGAUCAAUGAGCGUGUUCCCUAUAAUGCCCCUCUCAUUCAGUUCUCAUCUUGGAUGGGUGGUGAUCGAGAUGGAAAUCCAAGAGUAACACCAGAAGUUACAAGAGAUGUAUGCUUGUUGGCUAGAAUGAUGGCAGCUAAUAUGUAUUUCUCUCAGAUAGAGGACCUCAUGUUCGAGCUCUCCAUGUGGAGAUGCAAUGAUGAACUCCGUGCUCGAGCCCACGAAAUGCAUGGACAUUCAAAGGGUGAUGCCAAACAUUAUAUUGAGUUUUGGCAAAGAAUUCCCCCUAAUGAGCCUUAUCGGGUUAUUCUUGCUGAUGUGAGAGAUAAACUCUAUAAUACUCGUGAACAUGCUCGUCAGUUAUUGUCAAACGGGGCCUCUGAUGUUCCCGAAGAAGCAACCUUCACACACAUUGAUCAGUUUUUGGAGCCUCUUGAGCUAUGCUACAGAUCACUUUGUGCUUGUGGUGAUCGACCCAUUGCUGAUGGGACUCUUCUUGACUUUAUGCGACAAGUUUCCACUUUUGGGCUCUCUCUUGUAAGGCUUGAUAUUAGACAAGAAUCUGAUAGACACACUGAUGUGAUGGAUGCCAUUACUACAUAUCUUGGUGUUGGGUCUUACCGAGACUGGUCAGAAGAGAAGAGACAAGAGUGGCUUUUGUCUGAAUUGUGCGGAAAGCGUCCUCUAUUUGGCCCUGAUCUCCCUAAGACCGAAGAAAUUGCUGAUGUUUUAGACACAUUUCGUGUAAUCUCAGAACUCCCAUCCGAUAACUUUGGUGCCUACAUUAUCUCCAUGGCUACCGCACCAUCUGACGUUCUUGCUGUUGAGCUUCUCCAACGCGAAUGUCAUAUCAAGAAUCCUUUAAGAGUUGUCCCGCUGUUUGAGAAGCUUGCUGAUCUAGAGGCCGCUCCUGCUUCCCUGACUCGUCUCUUCUCGAUUGAUUGGUAUAAGAAUAGGAUUAAUGGGGUGCAAGAAGUCAUGAUUGGAUAUUCUGACUCGGGAAAGGAUGCUGGUCGUCUGUCAGCCGCAUGGCAGUUGUACAAAGUCCAGGAGGAACUAAUUCAAGUAGCUAAGGAAUUCGGCGUGAAGCUUACCAUGUUUCAUGGGCGAGGAGGGACUGUAGGAAGAGGAGGGGGUCCCACUCAUCUCGCCAUUUUGGCUCAGCCACCCGAUACUAUUCAUGGAUCACUACGUGUCACGGUACAAGGUGAGGUAAUUGAACAAUCCUUUGGAGAGGAGCAUUUGUGCUUUAGGACAUUGCAACGAUACACGGCCGCUACACUCGAGCACGGAAUGCAUCCUCCGAUCUCUCCUAAGCCAGAAUGGCGUGCACUUUUGGAUGAGAUGGCUAUUGUCGCCACCAAGGAAUAUCGCUCGGUUGUUUUCCAUGAGCCUCGUUUUGUUGAGUACUUCCGCCUUGCAACACCGGAAUUGGAGUAUGGACGUAUGAAUAUUGGAAGUCGUCCUUCCAAGCGUAAACCAAGUGGAGGAAUUGAAUCUCUUCGUGCGAUUCCUUGGAUAUUUGCAUGGACACAAACCAGAUUCCAUCUACCCGUGUGGCUCGGAUUUGGAGCGGCAUUUAAGCAUGUCAGCGAAAAAGAUAUUAGGAAUCUUACGAUGCUCAAAGAGAUGUAUAAUCAAUGGUCUUUCUUCAGAGUGACUAUUGACUUGCUUGAAAUGGUUUUUGCUAAGGGGGACCCUGGAAUUGCUGCUCUAUAUGACAAACUUCUCGUGUCGGAGGAGUUGAAGCCUUUCGGGGAACACUUACGAAAAAGUUAUGAAGAAACAAAACAACUUCUCUUGGAGGUUGCUGGACACAAGGACUUACUGGAUGCAGACCCUUACUUGAAACAAAGACUCCGACUUCGUGAUCCUUACACCACAACCCUUAAUGUCUGCCAAGCAUAUACCCUGAAGCGGAUUCGUGAUCCUAAUUUCCAUGUGACUGAGAGGCCGCACUUAUCAAAGGAAAUAAUGGAUUCAGACAGCCCAGCAGCGGAACUUGUGAAGCUCAACCCUACCAGCGAGUAUCCUCCCGGCCUUGAGGAUACCCUUAUCUUGACCAUGAAGGGUAUUGCUGCUGGCAUGCAGAACACAGGUUAAGCAAGUUGUAGGCCUGUUGCAACUAUUUCUGUAUGUAUAUCAUCCAGCUUCUCCGGUUGCAGGGCUCUAGUUGAAGAUACUUGUCGUCCUUGGUUUGAAUGGCCCGGCCCUUCUGCUUGCUGUCUUGCAAACCCCACCUUUCCGUCGCCCCCAAAAAAUUUUCUGUACCAAGUAUUGAUGUUUCUCGGUGUGCUUUCUGGAUGACUGGGUUGUCUGUCGUUUUACCCAGCUACCUGUGUAGUGAUGUGUUGCUUUUCGUACGAAAGAACAGUCUGCUACUGGAACUGCUUUUUUUGAGUUAUAAUGAUCACAUCUGCUUUUGUAUUUAACCGAAAAGCAAAAA